AUGAAGCUUUACAUUGGUAACGACACUUGCUCACGAGCUCCUCAUCUGGUGGCCAAUGAGCUUGGCAUUAAACAUGAACUUGUUUUUGUUGACGUUUCCACCAAAAGUACGUCAAAUGGAGAGGACUUUUCAGCAAUAAACCCCCUCCUUUAUAUUCCUGCUCUAAAACUUGACAACGAUAAUCACGAUGUAAUCUCUGAGGCUAUUAUUAUCUCUUCCUACUUGGCCGACCAGUACCCAGAAUCUGGCAUGCUUCCGCCACCUGGCACAUUGGAACGCGUUAAAGCAGACCAGUUCCUCGUUCAACUUACAACCGAAAUUGCGCAGAAGCAUAUCCCACUUAUUCUCAAACUGAUGACUGAACAAGGUACUCAGGUCAACACCAACAGGCUUCUGAGAGCAUAUCAGCUCUUGGAUGAUCGCCUUGCGGACAAGCGCUCCUACUUAUUUGGUGAAACCUUUACUGUAGCCGACGCGUAUGUCUGGGGCACUUUUUGGAACAACCGCUCUGGUGUGAAUCUUGAUCACAUGAAUAAUUUAGCAGCAUGGAAGGCUCGCGUGGAUGCCCGGCCAGCUGCAAUUAAAACGCUGAAGGAGGAGGCUGAGAUGGUGGCGAUUUAUAAAGCCCGAAUUGAAGCUCAAAGCAGUUAA